UUUCAGAUGACCUGCAACGAUGACAGCUGCUACUAAAUUUUUGUAAAUUAAAAUUUAUGGCUGAAAGUCCGAUAGGAUGACAAACAUUAAAUGAAAAGAUGACACUUUGCUGUAAAGAGAGCAUGGUUCUUCCUGCUUUGUGCAACAACUUCCUGUGAAAUAGAAAUUAGAGACACUUCGAUCGUCUGACACAUGAUGGCAAAAUAUCAAGUACAAUUGGAAGUAACUCGAAAUGAAGCUUGCGAGCCCAUACCAAUGGGUCGAAGUGGUCAUCGAUGCGUCACCGACGGCGUUUUUCUUUACUCUUUUGGCGGGUUCAAUCCGCUAAAGGUACACGAUAAACUCUUCAGCAAAUACUUAUGGUGUUUCCAUUUGAAUUCAAAAAAAUGGCUAAGACUGUCGACUUAUGGAGACAGUUCGGGUAAGGUACCAAAAUGCGUGACCUCCAGUACAAUGCUGCUGUACAAAGAUCAGUUGAUCAUGUUCGGUGGAUCUGGUCACCCAUUUGGAACAGCCAAUAGCAACGAGAUGUUCUUAUGUAAACCAAAAGAUCAAAUAUGGCAUAUUAUUACUGGGAAUUUUUCAAGAUCAUAUGCACCCACACCUGGAUAUGGUCAAGGUUGUAUUAUCAGUCCGGAUGAUAAAAUGUACAUUUUUGGUGGUACCAAAGGAAGUAUAUACAAUGACAAUCUCCACAUGUUUAAUAUGCGUACGUACAAAUGGGUGCAAUGCAGAUGUAAAAACCCACCAUCCCCAAGAUACAGACAUGAAAUGGUAAAUGUCAAAGAUGGUUUUCUUGUGGUAGGUGGGUAUGGUGAUGAUGGAGCAUGCCCACUGGAUAAAGUACAUAGAUACCACUUCUCAACUUUGUCAUGGCAAGAGAUCCAAUGUCAACGAGACCCCACUAAUGGUUUCCCACCAGCAAGACGUGCACACACAUGCAACAGGUUUGAUAACAAUGUUUACGUGACAGGAGGUUUCCAGGAGGAAUCAUCCGAUCAAAUUUUUAAUGAUAUAUGGAAAUUAGACUUGGAUACAUUUACCUGGUCUAUGAUGCAUCAGACGCUGCCAUAUCCAACAUACUUUCAUGCAGCAGCUGUCACUAGAGAUGGUUGCUUGUACAUAUUUGGUGGCAUUAAGUGGAGAGGGGGAAGAGAAAACGAACGAACGAACGACGUUCUAAAAAUGUGGCUUACCAUACCGACACUGGAGAAACUCAGCUGGCAGGCUCUGUGUGAUGCAGUACCCCUAGGAAAAAGGUUCAAUUCAGAGAAAAUGAGAUAUCUUGGAGUACCUCAAUAUCUGAUUAACAGAUACGAUGCCCAGUAUGUGUUGGACCGAAGAAAUAAUGCUCCUGCGUAUUAGUCAAUUUCAUCAACAUAUGCGUAUGAACUUUGCAUUCAAACUGUGAAAUGUUGUUUUGUCCAAGUUGAAUUAUGAUUUCAACUUGUUUGCCUUUACGUCAAUUGAACAUAAAAUGAAUUUAUGUAUAUAUUUCAAUAUUAUAAAUCGCAAAGCACCUA